AAAUAAAAAUAUAAGUAAUCAGGUUAAAAUUUAUUCUGGCAUGAAAAUUAAAUUUUUCUCAAACAUAGUCAAACAUCAUUUUAAAAUGUCUGUGACAAUAUUUGUAGAUGAAUAAAAAAUGUAAAACAAGAUUGAUGUAUUUAAUCAAUUUGUUUCUGAUGCGAGAAAAAAUAUCUUAAAAAAUAUGCCGCGACCUACAGCAAAUUAUCAGUUAAGAAACAUACAAUUAAUGGAGUAAAUCAGAAAUGCUAAAACAAUGUCACGACCCAAAGUGCAUUGCGAGUGAAAAGAAAUUAACCACGCACGAAAAAAAAAGUCACGAAGAAAGUAACAAGAAAAGUAAAAACCCGAGAUCGUUUUUGACAUCAAAUCGAAAUUCUUUGAGGAAUUUCGCUGAAUCGCUAAAUAAACUGAGACACAAACGUGUGGAAUUGAACUCAAGAAACGCACAAAAUUCAAGAAUUGCUAACAAAUCAAGAAAUUGCAGAAAUAAAAAAUGUCAGGGGACGCAAUCAACUUCUAAAAGUUCGACAAAGAAUUUACACAGCGCUACGCAGUCUGCGAGAGCGAACAAGUUUGGUCAAGUUUCCGACCGUUCUCAGAAUCUCACGGGUCAAAUAUGUACCUGUCGCAAAGGAAAUUCACACGAACGCUCAAGAUCGCGAAGCGUAUCCGAAGAACGGAGCGAAAGACAAAGAAAACGAUCACGUUCUCGACGUAAAAAGACUUCAAACAGAGAAAGUAAUCGUCCGAUGCGCGACUGUUUCAGAACGACUCUUUGUAUCUGCGUGCGAGGUCGCAGUUUGGAUGAGCCAAGAAAUUGCAAGUGUACAUUGUCUCAAGACAUUCCUUCACCGAGUCAUCGAGAGUGCUGCUGUAUUAAAGGCGAACAAAAAGGGAACACAUCCACAAAUAUAUCAAAGAAUGACUCCCAAGUGGACAAACAUAUUGCAGAUCCAUCCACCAGUAAGAAGAAACUUAAACAUCCGCACGAAUCAUCACUGAUAAAACCGAAUAAAGAACGCGGCGUGAUCAUUAGAGGAUUGAAUACCGUUCACAGAGAAAUUGAUAGACUUGGUAAAUCUAUAAUCAGACGAUUCACAAGUCAGAGGAUUUAAUUAAUAUGAAAAUUAAUGUUCCCGGGAAAAACGUUUUAAAUGCUCAAUGUCGUGCGUCCGCAUGUACAUAAAAUAAAAUGAAAAGAGAAAGAGAAGACUCGUUGUCAA